GCCUCUGUAAAUUUCUCUGGGAUCUGGUUGGGAUGUGGGGACCCUCCGGUGUUUCCCAGCCAGUGGAAGGUGCUUUGGAUGUGUCUCAGGGGGCCUCGGGCUCGAAAUGAGAGCAGGAGUGGGCUGCGGAGGUGGCGGGUGGAGCUGUUCUCCCCUUGCUGCCCUGUGGAGGCCAGGGAACUUGGAGCUGGAGGAAGCUGAACCAGGGAUCUGUCCGCUGUGGACUGGGGCAGUGCCCGGACCAAAAUAGCUUCUGCCUGUGCAGGGAGGGGGGCCUUUGGAUGCUGCUGGGGGAACGUUUCUGCUUGAAUGGGCCAGCUGAGGAAAAGCCAAGCCAGUGCUUUGCUACCCAGAAUCAUUUCAGUGCCGUUCAGUGGGGUUUUAAACAGAUACGGCUGUCUUUUGAGAUGUUUCAAAAAUAACAGAGAACCACCAUCUCCCUGACAGCCGUCUCUCUCCCUUCAUUGAUUUGCUGUUCGGAGGGGGCCCAGAUUGUGGGUGCAGGAAGUGCUGACCAGGCCUGUUGGCUCUGGGCACCCGCCUGACUCUGUUAGAGAUGCUCACAGUGCCAUUUUUUUUUUUUCUGCCAGACUGGCACGUCUUGGUGUUCCAAUCCUCGGGUUGCAUGGAGAAAUUAUCGGCUCCUGUCACUGCGCUGUCUUGGUCUCCUGUAACCACGCUGUUUUUGCAGAGAGUGUGUUUUUUGUUGUUCUUGCAGAAUACCGGGAAUAAAUUACCGGCUCUGUGCUCAGAAAAGAUACCAGCUACGGCCAGCUACAGUGCAGCCCGUAUUCUCAGAAAAUGUAUUCGGGAGGGAUGAUGUCAGCUGCUUCAUCGCUGGCCGGUCUCUGGCCAGCCUCUUCCCUUGGCCUUUGAGCUUACAUCAUAAAGAGAUGGUGGUUCUUCCAGCCUGGUUCUGUGUGGGAAGAUGUGAAUUUUGCUACUAUCGGAAUUUUUAGAACUCAGCUCUGCUCGCCCUGCCCUAGGGCCCUUUCAAGUAGAGCUGUCCAGCAGACGAUGCCACAGGAUGGCUUUGCUUAAAAGCAGCGUGGCUCAGAGCUUGAGGCAGGGUUUUGGCAGCAGACCUAGGUUCGGAUGUCAGAUCCACUUCUUCCUAGCUUUGUAAUUUGGGACAAGGGACUUCGCCUCUCUGAGCCUCAGUUUCCUCUUCUGUAACCUUGGGGCUGUCGUGGGUUUUAUUGAUUUUCGUCAAGCACUUAGCAGAGGGCCUUCAGGUACUAAUCUCUUGGUGCACGGUGCUAAUUGUAACAAUAAGUAAGUGAGAUAAAUGGGAAGAAGCUGGGGCCUCAGGACCUGCCAACCCAGGUUCAGAUUCCACUGGGCCUCUCUGAAGCUCUGAUGGGCAGCUUGUUUAACGGCCGGGCCUUGGUUUCCUCAUUGUUGUGAGGGUUAAACAGGAUGAUGCAGUUAAAGCAGAAAGCCCAAUGCUCAGCACAUAGUAGGACCUCAGUAAUUGUUCGUUUCCUUCUCUUUAAUUAUCUUUUAGCAUUCAUUUUCUUCCACCUUUUUCCUCGCCUACCUAGCUUGGUUCAAGAUUCUUCUUGGAUGCGUUUCCCAUCCUUGAUUUGAAGAUUUUGAACACCAGCUGGGCUAUUUGGGUCCCUUUGCCUUGUUUAUUGUUUGCCAGCAACAAACAAAGGUGUGGACUGUGGCGUGAUUACAGAGCAGCAGACGCAGAGCUCGAGGGUGGCUGACAUUGUAAAAAAAAAUUAGCCUCUGUGGGCUCAAAGCUGACUUCCUUGGGGAAAAGUCACAGCAGUGUUUAGGAGGCUUGCUGUCCCCCUAUUUAAAUUGUCCUCAGCCGUGCCAAAAAACAGUCCCUGGGGCCAGAGGCACGAUGAAAGCUUCUCUUAGAUAAAUAAAAAAUGGUCAGUGCAUAUGGGUUUCUGUUACCAGGGACAGUGAUGGUUCUCUCAGGUUGCAAUACAGUUCUGUUUUUUGAGAGAACAUACGUACUUUGAUACUAGACGAUAAGCUCUUUCAACUGGAAUUGAGGGCAAGGCUAUGUCUUAACUGCUUCCCCUGCUGCCCCUUCCCCACCCCAAAUCCCCCCACUGCAGCCUAGCACAGGGCCUUGGGCAAGGUUGGCGCUUCAUAAAUGCCUGUUGAACUCAGGAAUCCUAGGGGGUGGGAGGGACUCAGGAGGAAGCCAGAGGCCAGGCCUGCCAGGCCUGCAUCUCUAGUCCGCCUUUUCCUAGCCCCGAGCUACUUACGUCAUGUCAGUCCUGGAGCCUCUGUUCCUUCUCUCUCCAGCUGAUCUCCCAGGAUUCUUGGGACAACUAAGUGAGAAACUAAAGGAGUGGCAUCGUGAAUGCUUACAGCCUUUGCAUCAUUCAUUUCAUCUGUGUGCCAGGCUCUGUGUUAGGCAUCGUGGUGAACAAAACAGAUGUGGUCCUUGCUGCUGUGGAGCUCUGGGGGUGACAGGAGGAUACCAAGAGAGGAAGCGGAGCACUCCGCUGGUCCAGGCGAGCAACAUGUCAGUGCUUUUAGUCAUGUCCCUGACUCCAACCCAGAUGCCAUGGAGGAGAUAAGGUAGCCCCCGUCCCUGAAUCCGAUGGAGAAGCCCAGUUCAAUGGAUACGAAAUACAAGGAUGACUUAUUUCGGAAGUACGUGCAGUUCCAUGAGGGCCAAGUGGACACCACCCCCAGCAAGCAGCGGCCCGGCAGUGAGGAGUACCUGCGGGCGGCAGCCUCGACCCUGCUCAGCGCGCACAAGCUGGAUCCCUUCUAUCGAUUCCGGCUGAUCCAGUUCUAUGAGGUGGUGGAGAGCUCCCUGCGCUCGCUGAGCUCCUCCAGCCUGCGGGCUUUGCAGUCUGCCUUCAGCGUGCUCGAGACGGUGGGCGUCAACCUCUUCCUCUACCCGUGGAAGAAGGAGUUCAGAAGCAUCAAGACCUACACGGGCCCCUUCGUUUACUAUGUCAAGUCGACCUUACUGGAAGAGGACAUCCGAGCAAUCCUGAACUACAUGGGCUACGUGCCUGAGCUGGGGACCGCGUACAAGCUCCGAGAGCUGGGGGAGACCCUCCAGGUGAAGAUGGUCUCCUUCGAACUCUUUCUGGCCAAGGUGGAGUGUGAGCAGAUGCUGGAAAUCCACUCACAAGUCAAGGAUAAGGGCUACUCUGAGCUGGACGUGGUGAGCGAGCGCAAGAGCAGCGCAGAGGACGUGCGUGGCUGCUCCGAUGCCCUGCGGCGGCGCGCCGAGGGCCGGGAGCACCUAACAGCCUCCAUGGCCCGUGUGGCGCUCCAGAAGUCAGCCAGUGAGCGGGCGGCCAAGGACUACUACAAGCCCCGCGUGACCAAGCCCUCGAGGUCGGUAGAUACCUACGACAGCUACUGGGAGAGCCGGAAGCCGCCCCUCAAGGCCUCGCUGAGCCUGCGCAAGGAGCCUGUGGCAGCAGACUUGGGGGACGACCUCAAAGAUGAGAUCAUCCGUCCGUCCCCCUCGCUCCUGACCAUGUCCACUUCCCCCCACGGCAGCCCGGAUGACCUUCCUUCCCCCUCCUCCAACAAUGGCCUUGGCCUGCUGCGUGGCACAUACUUCUCCGCUCAGGAUGACGUAGAUCUGUACACAGACUCAGAACCUCGGAGCACGUACCGGAGGCAGGACGCCCUGCGGCCGGACGUGUGGCUGCUCAGAAACGAUGCCCAUCCCCUCUACCACAAGCGCUCGCCCCCUGCCAAAGAGUCUGCCCUCUCCAAGUGCCAAAACUGCGGUCUGUCCUGCAGCUCCUCCCUCUGCCAGCGCUGUGACAGCCUGCUCGCCUGUCCCCCGGCCUCCAAACCUGGCCCCUUUCCCAGCAAGGCCUCCGCCCACGACAGCCUGGCCCACGGGCCGUCCCUGCGGGAGAGGUAUGCAGGCCAGACUCAGGGCCUCGAGCGGCUGCCACACCUCCACUCCAAACCCAAGCCCUCCCCCACAGCCACCUCCCGCUGUGGCUUCUGUAACCGCCCCGGUGCCACCAACACCUGCACCCAGUGUUCAAAAGUCUCCUGCGACGCCUGCCUCAGCGCCUACCAUUAUGACCCCUGCUGCAAAAAGAGCGAGCUGCACAAGUUCGUGCCCAACAACCAGCUGAACUACAAGUCCGCCCAGCUCCCCCACCUCGUGUACAGAUAGGCUCGGCGCGCCCCUCCCUGCUCCAAGGGCUACGCCGCUCACCCGUCUGGCUUCCGGGGAAGACGUGUUCGUGCGUUAUCUCGAAGCAGAGACCUGCACUUGACCACGUGGGGGCCAGGGGCUCGUGGGGCCGGCCGCACCGUGUGGAGUUCACUUAGCGACUCGUGUGUUUCAGCUGGUGGCUGCUUUGUCUCCUGACAAGGGAGAGGGUGGCACUUCCGUUCAGAUUAAUUUUUGCUGAUCUCUCCACUCCCUAGUCUGUUGUUUGGGUUUUCUUUUAAAGAGAAUUUCUAUCUCUGGGACUCUUGCCAUGCCUGCCACUCCCAGCACAAAGCCAACGGGGACUAGGAAGGGCCCUCCAGGUCACCUCCAAAUGCCCCCCUGGAGUGGCGAGCUAGAGGCCUGUUGGCUUGUGAAAUGAGCCCUCCGGCCACACUGGGCCUCUUCAGUGGCUCAUCCCUUCGCCUCCCCCUUCCCCGACACAAGGACCCCCACCUGACCUCCCCGCCCCUCGCUCCCCCACCCAGGUCUCACAGGUGAACUGAGCCCAGUGUUAGCUGAAUGUCCUCCUGUUGCCACCACAGUGCAGUCCAGCCCGUGGUGUUUGGCACUUUGCUCCAGCGUGUUGACGUGUGGCCCUUCUGCAGCAGGACUGUCGUCUCCCCUUUCUGUCAUUUGCACAUUCCCCUCUUCCUGUACUGUAAAUAGAUAUUUUUGAGAUUUAUUUUUAAAUAAAUAUUCAACUUGCCGUGUGUUUCAAAGUGGUUAAAACAUUAAUUAUGUAGCUGUUUAUAAAAAUGCCCCGGGUUCUUUAGUCUUCCAAGGGAGGGCCUCAAGCCCAUCCCUGUGGUAUCCUCCACUGGCCACAGCCCGAGGGUAGAGCAGAGAGUGUGGGGGCAGAGGAGCAGAGCCGAUGUCCCUGAGGUGGUGGAGAGCCACUGUCUUCCCUACAAUAAGUUUCUAUACACCUACCUCCAGUGGGUUCUAGGGGGUUAGCGCGGGCCGACAGGUCUGGUAGCCUAGUGACGAUUCAGGAACCUCCGUGCAGAUCUGCAGCCCGGCCUUUGCCACUUGCUGAGUGUGAACCUGGCACUCCACACUUCUUCUGGAGUCCCGUUUCAGAAGGAGAAUCAUUUGGGAUUCCUGCCACCCCUCUAUCUCAGUCCUCUUCUCUUCACCUGUUUCCAGGACUCUGCAAUGUUUGCGAUCUUUUUGCACUAAGAGUGGGCGGGAGUCGGCGUGCGCCCCUGAGACGUGUCCCCUGGGAUUCUCAGCCGAGCCUAAGCUUCCAAAGCCGAAGGCCCCUUAAUCUCCUCUUGUGAAUUACUGACCCCUGGAUUUUCCUUUUGGGGUGCAGAGCAGGAGUGGGGCAAGAGUUUGAAAAUAAAGCCGCUUCCUUGUGAACUAAUAAUCGAUUUUAGCCAUAAGUGUUUGUGCUGUAUGGAAUGUCACAGGAAUUUACAUGCAGUGGGUUUUCUGGUAGAAGGAGGUAUUCAGCUCUUGAGCAAAUUUAAAUCUGGCUGAGUCCUGAGGCCACUGUGAAUUUGCUGAUGUCCUUCCAACUCAGUUGAGUGAUUUUAAGGUUUUCAGUCUUCUCUGGCUCUUUUUUAUAUAUCUAGUGGAUCACAUGUAGAUAUUCAACAUGUAUAUACAGCCGGAUUUCAGCCAACCUCCCUGCUAAGACCAGCCCGUUCUGGGGCAUCUGUCUUCGCUGUUCUUCCUUUUCACGUUUCAGAAGUGUCAGUGCCACCCACUCCCGAGAGCUCUAGCUUUCCGUUUCCAGAUCGCUCCAGCACUACAGUCACUCUUUAACCACCUGUGAUGCCACGUAACUGACACGGCAGACAAAAGCAGGAGCCACUCGCUUGUCCUGGGAGAGACAGUCCAGGGUGCGUUUCACCAUGGAGAUACUGUGUUCGUGGACUGGAAUAGGAAACGCUGUGACCCUGCUCCUUCCUGGUGUGUAUCUUCUCGUGUGAGGUUGCUGUGAUUAAGAUAGUUAAAUAUGUGCUAAUUUAAAAAUGCAGAUGUUUUACAUUUGAUUUCUACCAAGAGUUGAAAUGUUGAGAGAUGAUUUUAAAAAAGUAAUAAAGUGUCUUCCAUUGUUAAA